AUGUGCGCUGAUGCCCUCGUUUGUCGAAACUCAUCCAGAGAUUACAGCAACCCCAGGCCGUUCGCACGAAGAGGCGGAAUAGCCAAGCGCGGAGAAGGCAGUCUAUCUACAACACCUAGCUAUUAUGAGAAAGAACUCAGAACCUUUUACUACCAAACCAAGGCAUCGCAUGCAGCCAACAUAGAAACCGACACCGAUGCAUACCCUCCCUCACCGCCACUAUCGCCGAAGACCACAGUAACGCCGCUCAGGGUGCGAAGAACACAACGUGUUGAACGCAAACGCGACCAUCCCUACCAACAACCUCCAUCGAACCGCAGGCCGAGCUGGCGCCCGAAUCUCAAGCAAGAGAUUUUACGCCGUAGCUCGAUCGACUCUAUCGUAGACCCUUUCAACGACGUAGGAUGGUUUGAGACAGACUGUCAAGUGUCGGCAACACGAAAGAGGUGCAGCACUGUUUCAUUGUCAAAUCAUGGCGAUAUCGAAAUGCUGAAGCCGCGACGGCAAUCAACACUGCUACAUCCAUCAUCGCCGGAUAUUGAGCCCGCCAGCGGUGUUGAUUCUUUCGAUGCUCCUUCGACCUCCAACGGUAUGCACGAACAGAACCAGUCAACCAAUCUUUCGACCCACCGAUCAGUUACGGCUUCGAGAAAAGGCUCGUCAUUGUUGCAUCCAUCCAGUCCUGCCAGCGACAUUCCCUUGGGUAUUGAGCUAAAGACUGUCAUGUCUUUACCCCCAAAGUCCCUACGGGGAGAAGACCGCGCACAUUGA